AUGGUGGAGUCCUCGGGCAGCAGCUCCAGCCGAGUGGGGCAGAGGAAGAGGCCGCACCAGCACUUCCCCCCCGCUGGAGAGAAGGGGGCGAAGGAGGAAGAGGCUCCCCUCGGAGGGGGGCAGGCAAGAGGGGCCAGGCUCUGGGGCCUCCUGCGGAGGGGCUUCCGACGGGCUGUGGAAAAGAUGAAGAGCGAGGAAAUGAAGACCCUCCACCUGAGCCAUGGCCUGCAGCAUCAGUGCCGCAUCGUCCUGCCCAGUCCGGUGUGCCACGUGACCUACGACCUGCAGAGAAGGGCCUUCGUGGUGCUGGACGCAGCCGACACGCUGCACCUGUUGACAGAGGACGGCUGCUGCCAGGGCAGCGUGAAGGGCCCGGCCCCCAUGAAGGGCAUCCUCUAUGCCUCCCACGUCAACCAGUUCGUGGCCUGGGACACCGGAGCCCUGCAGGUCCUGGACUCCCACUUCCAGCCGCUCUCGCAGAUGCCGUCCGCGCUCCCCAUCCGCUGUGGCAUCUACAGCAAGCACCUGAACCGGAUCGUGACUGCCGGAGAUGGGAACUUGACCCUCUGGAGCUUCCGUUACGGCUCCCGCAGCCUGCAAUGCCGGGCCAGCGUGAGCACCGGCCUGGGGCCCACUGACCUCUUUGCCCACCUCGCCUUGGACACGGGCAGCACCAGCGAGCCCCACUGCUGCUUCGCCUCUUGUGCCACCGGCGUGGCCACCUUUGACAUCUCCAGGGGGAACCUCCUGGCCUUCCGGACGAAGCUCCACAGCAGGGAGAUCACAGACCUUGUCUACUGUGAAGCCAUUGGCUGUGUCAUCACGGCCUCCCGAGACACCACCAUCAAGGUGUGGAACAAGGAGUGGGACAUUCAGAUCGUCUUUGUGGGGCACACCG